AUGGCGUUGAGACUGACAUCGCUAAAACGCGCCGCGGUUGGGUCAUGCCGCAUCUUGGAAACCCGAAGUUUGAGCCACAUGGCGGCAAUGCCUCCGCCUUUUAACAGCGCCAUCGAUCGACCCAUCGCUAUGCCGCCGCUUAUUUCACCUGAGUUUGAUCAGAAUCAACCGGGUUCGAUCGAUGAGAAGAGCUUCGGAUUUGGGCUGCCUAAUUUCGCUUUCAGUGGAUCCAUGGAGCUAAUGGCUGUACCUAAGAAGAAGGUCUGA